AUGGGUUCUAAUCAAAAGAAGGACAAGUUGUGGGAACGAAUUUCUGCUUUAUUUCAUGAAAGGAUUUCCAAUAUUUGUAAUGCUCAAAGGACUCCAAAGUCUCUUUCAUGCCGAAUGCAAUUAAUUAUGAAGGCCAUCAGUAAAUUUCGAGGAUGUAUUCGACAAGUCGAGCGCUUAAAUCCAAGCGGUGCUUCUGAGCUUGACAUUAUUAAACAUGCUAGGAUAAUAUUUGCAGAAGAUCCAGAAGAGAGAAAGGGGUUUCUAUUUAAUCAUGUUUGGUCAAUUUUAAAAGAUGCAGAGAAAUGGGCAAAUAUAAGUGUCAGAUCGCCUGCAACUUCCAAAACUUCAAAGUCCCGCUCAUCUCAGGGAUCAGAUUCAGGUUCUCCUGUCGUCGACUUAAAUGACGAUAAUGAGGAAUAUACUCAUAAUGACGAAGAUAUGAUAACAAGUCGACCGACAAGAAGGAAGAAAGAGAAAAUGAGGAGGCGACAAUCAACUAAAUCCAACCUCGACUUGGAAACUCUCAAUAAAAGCAAUCAAGAAAUUGUCGAUAUUUUAAAAAAAAGUCAUGGAGAACGAGAAAAUGAUAGAAUAACAAUGCACCAGAUUAUGAUGUUAAGGGCCGAAAACGAAAAGAAAAAAUUAGAUAUUCAAAGGGAACGCCAGGAAAGUAAGAUUAUGUUGAUUAAUCUUGAUACUAUUACUGAUCCUUCGGAACGCGAGUAUUUUCGAAUUAAAAAACAAGAGAUUUUAAAUAGAAACACAACCGGAGGUUCUUCAUCUGAUAUUCCUAAUCCUGAAUAUAGUUAUGCAGGAAGUCAAUACGGAAUACCUGACUACAGAAGCGGUGGAUAUGGAGGAAAUGGCCUGCCCGAUUUUUAG